AUGGGUUUGCCGACUCCAUUUUCAGCACGAAUUGCGAGAAAUACUCAAAUCAUACUUCAAGAAGAAAGUGGAAUUUGUAAGGUUGCUGAUCCUUGGGGUGGAUCUUACAUGAUGGAAUCUUUAACAGACGAAAUGUAUGAUGCUGCAUUGAAGAUUAUCAAAGAAAUUGAUGAACUUGGUGGUAUGGCUAAAGCUGUUGCCAGUGGAAUGACAAAAUUGAGAAUUGAAGAGGCUGCAGCCAAAAAGCAAGCACGAAUUGAUUCUGGUAAAGAUAUCAUUGUCGGUGUCAACAAAUACAGGCUGGAUAAGGAAUCUCAAAUUGAAGUGCUGCAAAUUGACAACAAGAAGGAUGGUCACGACAGAGGUGCCAAAGUGAUCGCUACUGGUUUUGCGGAUCUUGGAUUUGACGUUGACGUUGGACCACUUUUCCAAACUCCUGCCGAAGCAGCUCAACAGGCAAUUGAUGCCGAUGUACAUGUUAUCGGAGCUUCGUCUUUAGCGGCAGGACAUUUGACGCUCAUCCCUCAAUUAAUCGAAGAAUUGAACAAACGUGGAAGAGGUGAUAUAUUAGUCGUUGCUGGGGGAGUGAUUCCACCACAAGACUAUGAUGCUCUCUACAAGGCUGGUGUAGCAUUGAUCUUUGGCCCCGGAACUCGUCUCCCACUUUGUGCAAACAAUAUUGUCGAAAAACUAGAAGCCAAGCUC